AAAGCUUUCCAGGCUUUGGGGUCUUCCAGCGUUGGAGCUCAGCUUAUAAAACAAGCCCGCCGCCUGCGCAGCCGAAACAUUACAAGAAACGACACGCGCAAGUUUAUAUAUCCUCAACAAAAAUGAAAGUGUUCGCGCUGUGUUCGAUGCUUGCCCUGCUCCUAGCAGGCGCUCAAGCCCUGCCCCAGAGCCGCGAGGGGGCCGCCUACACAAACGAAGCCAUACGGCAGGCACAGCAAACCCUUCUCAUACCCAAGGACGCCCAAAUACAGAACGUCCAGGAGGGCAUUGAGCUGGGUGCCUACGAGCAGAUACCUGGCAACCAGCGCAUCAAUCUCUUUGAGAUCCUGGGCGACCAGGUGCCUUCCGAAGUGAUCAACAAUCUGCAGGCCCAAGUCGAUCAGAUUGGGCGCAAUUAAGAUGUAAGACUUUAUUUGUUAGAUCAUUUCCAUUUCGCAUCUUUUGUUAAGUUUCCCAAUAAUAAAAAAACAAAAAUGAAUGUAAC